AUGGAUUUCACAACAAUGACCAUGACGAGCAAUAUGGCGACUGGUGCUGCUGCAACGACUACGCCUACGCAUGCAUCAAUAAAUUCUUCUUCAAAUUCUAGUACUGAUCUUGAUCCAAGUCAGAAUACUCCUUCUAUCCUGAUAAAUAGUAAUUCGGAUGCUUCAAAUGGAAAAACGACGGAUUUCAGCGGCGUCAAUAAUAUUCACCAAAAAAAUAUCACGAACAAUACGAAUAAUGUUCAUUUAUAUUCACCUAAUAUCAUGGAUCAGACACUGCUAACUCCGCAGGACAUUGCCAAGUUACGGAGAGAAUCAAUAGCUCAUUCACAAGGGAUGGGUGGUGUUUCGUGGGGGUCAAUUAGUGUUGGCUCUUGGUUAAGAGAUGAGAUUAUUAGCCGUAGAGGUAGUAUUGUACCCUCAUCAGCAAGUGGUGUCGCUGCCAUUGCUCCUGUUGCUUCUGCCUCUGCUACCACCACCACAAAUACUUUACAGAUUCAACAGCCCGCCAAGAGACCCUCCGUUAGUAACCCUCCUUAUCAUAGAGGGUAUUCUAUUUCUCCCCAAAUUGCUUACACUGCUUAUUUGCCAAAUUUAGAAAAACAAUAUUGUAAAGAUUAUUCAUGCUGUGGUCUCUCCUUACCUGGGCUGCAUGACUUGCUGAGACAUUAUGAAGAAGCCCACAUAUCUACGUCUCCCAAUACCGCUAACAUGUCGCAAAUACCGAUGAACUCCACUGGUACUGCUAGUUCAUCAGUUCGCAUGACUAAUAGUAAUUCUAGUGCAAACUUCAACCAUCAAAACAACAUGGCCGCAAAUACAAAAAAUACAGCUCAGAAGACAAAUAAUAUACAAGCCCAUAAUAACAAUACAACUAAUAAUACAUCAAUCAAUAAUAUGCAUGCCAAUCUUCAUAACAACAUGAACUCCAAUUCCAUAAUACGACAAUCUCAGCAUCCUCAACAUCAGCAGAAUAUAAUACAACAACAAUUGCAACCGAAUACUAUCAAUCAUACAUCUGCAGCCGUACAGCCACAAAGUACAAUAGGCUCGAUAACUUCGUCCACAACAGCAAAUCCGAAUGUAGUCUCUAUAAUAGGGGCUUCCAACCCUAAUUUAACAAUGGUUAACCAUUCUCAGCAACUACAUUUGAAUGGUAAUUUAGUUGAUGCUGUUUCGACAAAUGAUGUGUUUUUAAGAACCAAUAAUUCUCCAUCAAGGCACAACGCAAGCAAUAAACUAACCAACAGUAACAAUAACAGCGGCAUCAAUAUGAAUAAUAAUAACAAUAAUAAUAAUAAUAAUAAUAAUAAUAAUAAUAGUAAUGAUAAUAAUAACUCACACAAUAACAAUAAUAGUAAUGUUAACAUGAAUAAUAAAAACGUUAUGGUGAAUCGUCCACAUACUUUUAACAAUUAUUCUUUAAAUAAAACGUCGAGGAAUCCCCUUCCACAUCAAUCUAGGAAAAUUGAUCCUCAUCAGACUGAUUUAUCUCCCUUAGUGCUUGUGCAAGAUAUUGAUUUGAGUUUUAUGGAUGAUGAUAUUUUAGGCCCUAGCAAUCAUAAUCCUAUGAAUGCCACAGUGAAUCCGACGGCAAAUUCUCAUAAUUACAACACGUUCCAUCCGUCUGUUCACUCGAAAUCUUCUCAGAAUAUGGUUGAUGAUCAAGAUAUUGACGAUAUCGACGAUGAUGACGAUGAUGUAGAUGAUGACGAUGACGAUGACGAUGACGAUGACGAUGAUACAGAGAAUGGUUCUGCUUCCAAUGGAAAAUCGGUUCAUAACAACAAUUAUAAGUUACCUCAGCAGGCAUACAUAGAUGAUCCCGCAAGAAGACUUUAUGUAAUGGAUCAUGAGGAACAAAAACCAUUCAAAUGUCCCGUGAUUGGUUGCGAAAAGACGUAUAAGAAUCAAAAUGGUUUAAAGUAUCACAGAUUGCAUGGUCAUCAAAAUCAAAAAUUACACGAAAAUCCUGACGGUUCCUUUAGUGUUAUAGAUCCGGAUUCGACUGAUUCAUUUGGUGAUGGGAUGGGUUCUGCCAAGGAUAAACCUUACCGUUGUGAAGUCUGUGGUAAGAGAUACAAGAACUUAAACGGUUUGAAAUAUCACAGAGGCCAUUCUACCCAUUAA